AGAGAGAGAGAGAGAGAGAGAGAGAGGAUCACUAUUCGGCAGCAUGCUGCCUCAGAGCCGGAGAGGAGACAGACAGACACAGUAACCGGAUGUUUCUGGUGCGUGAGGCGUGUUAAAGCGUGCUGUUUUGAUGUGGAUCCGGUCUAGGUGGGGUUUAAUGUACAUCACAUGUGUUAUUUAAAGCAUCGCAGCUGUGGCCACCAGUAACCGAAUGAGGAAACCAGCGCGCGCUGCGCUGCGCCGCUUCCUGCCUCGCUCCACUCACAGCAGCAGCAAAUAAGAAGAAAACGCGUCCGGCGGGCAUCAUGGUGGCCGGGGAGCUCGUCCAGGAGCAUCUGCGCGCAGACACCGGCGCACCUGACGACAUCACGGUGGGCAGGAAGAGUCCGGAGCCGGAGGGAGCCGCGGAGGAGCGGACAUACGGAGAGGCGCAGGCGGGCGGGGCUGCCCGGGACGCAGACACCGAGUGGGCGCAGGAGAAAGAGGUGCCGCCGGAUGAGAGAGAAGCGAUGCUGCCGAACGGAGGAGGAGGAGGAGGAGGAGGAGGAGAGGAGGAGAAGGGGAAGACGCUGGAGACCAGGCUGUACCGGCGCCGGUUCGCCGUGCUGCUGGUGUUCAGCCUGUACUCGCUGGUGAACGCCUUCCAGUGGAUCCAGUACAGCAUCAUCACCAACGUGUUCACGCGCUACUACGGGGUGACCAACGACAAGGUGGACUGGCUCUCCAUCGUCUACAUGGUGGCCUACGUGCCGCUCAUCUUCCCGGCCACCUGGCUGCUGGACCGGAAGGGUCUGCGGCUCACGGCCCUGCUGGGCGCCGGACUCAACUGCGCCGGCGCCUGGCUCAAGUGCGCCAGCGUGAGCCCCGAGCUGUUCGGAGUCACCGUGACCGCGCAGGUCAUCUGCUCCGUGGCGCAGGUCUUCAUCCUCGGCCUGCCGUCCCGAGUGGCCUCGGUGUGGUUCGGACCCCGGGAGGUGUCCACGGCGUGUGCCGCUGCCGUGCUGGGGAACCAGCUGGGGACGGCCAUCGGCUUCCUGUUGCCGCCUGUUUUGGUUCCCAACACGCCAGACGACAUCGAACUCACGGGUCACAACAUCAGCAUCAUGUUCUACGGCACCGCGGCGGUCUCCACGGUCCUCUUCAUCCUCACCGUCAUCGUGAUAAAGGACCGUCCUCCUCUGGCCCCCAGCCACGCCCAGGCUGUCCUCCCAAACUCUCCUACUGAAGAUUACUCCUACAAGGAGUCCAUCAAGAACCUGAUGACGAAUAAAGCCUUUGUCCUCCUGCUCGUCAGCUACGGUAUAAUGACCGGCUCCUUCUACUCCGUCUCCACGCUGCUCAACCAGAUGAUCAUGUCCUGCUACCAGAACCAGGAGUUGAAUGCUGGGAGAAUUGGUUUGACGCUGGUUGUUGCCGGGAUGGUCGGCUCCAUCCUCUGUGGCCUGUGGCUGGACCACACAAAGACAUACAAGAUGACGACUCUGAUCGUCUACACUCUGUCCUUUCUGGGCAUGGUGGUCUUCACCUUCACUCUGGACCUGGACAACAUCCUCCUGGUCUUCUUCACAGCUGGAGCUCUGGGGUUCUUCAUGACGGGUUACCUGCCUCUGGGCUUUGAGUUUGGAGUGGAGAUCACCUACCCAGAGUCAGAGGGAACAUCAUCAGGACUCCUCAAUGCUUUCGCUCAGAUAUUUGGGAUCAUUUUCACUCUGAUUCAGGGCAAACUGACCACAGACUACAAGCCGCUGGCUGGAAAUCUCUUCCUCUGCGCCUGGAUCUUCCUGGGAAUACUGCUCACUGCCUUAAUUAAGUCAGAACUGAAAAGACACAAUAUGAACAUGGGAGCAAACGGCAACUGUCCAGAAGCAGUCCCUACUGAGUGUCCCGGGGACUGCCCUUCAGUGAAGACAACCAACGGAGUUGAGCUGAAACCGUCGCUCAGCUUCUCCCGUGAAACCUCGCUGUGAUUCUGCCAAGUCAUUGGAUCGCAGGACGACUACGCAGGUCUCCCUGCAGCCCUGGGAGACUUGUGGGCACCGCACUCACACGUGAAGUAGUACAUAACUGUGCACUUGAUUUUUAUUGCCAAGCUCCUUGAUAAUUGGAACGGUGGAGGAUCUGGAUGUGGUGCCAAGUGUAAUGAGGCACAGCCACAAGGAGAGUCGGCAACAUCCAGGUCCAAACACUUGCAUAAAUUGCCUCCAAUUUGCAGAACUUUUGGAUUCAUUAUGGAGAGGGAGUUGUGGAUUGGUAAGGAAAAAAAAGUAUGCAAGCAACGUCAUGCAGAAGAAGCUCCACUGCACUUUAUUACCACUGGGUAAAGCAUGGCACAGUUUGUAUGUAAAUCUGGUUUCAGGCUAUAAAAAGAAGCUUCCAACUCAAAUAUCACCAUCACAAGUUUGCUGCAGUUGGAACUAAAUACUCUGGAAUGUUUUGUUCGGAGUCUCCAGGUGUCUGCGAUGAAGAAGAGCCAUUCUGUUUGGUUUCGUACCGCGACCACUGCCCACUGCACGGGGCCAACAUCUCCUGAGUUUACUUGAAUUAUCCUUUAAUGCUCCGGACUCUGGAUGUCGUACAACACACUGUAAAUGUUGUUAAUAUUGCUUUCUUCAUUACAUAUGGUGGUGAGGAGGCGCACAUCUGAAACCUGUUUUGAAGCUGCUUCGGACAGAGAUGGUCAUCAUAUUUCAUGUUUAUUUUUCUGCAGAGCUGCAUGCAUAUUGGAAGCAGCUGCAAGGAUUGUUUCUGCAGAAUUAUUGGCAGUUCGAGUCGAUUCAGACAACUACUGAAGUCUUUGCAUUUUGGCACAAUAGUUUACAUAUGAAUGUUGCUAUAAAUUAGUUUGGGUCCAUACAAUUGUAGCAGGAGCUGACAUGAAAGAGUUUUGCAGAAUUGUGUUUGGCUCUCAGAUUCCAGGGAUGCUUCUCUAAGCUUUUCCCCUCCAACAUGAAACAUAAUUAGUUGAUAAGGCCACUUAAAAUGAGACCACUUUUUUUUGUAUUAAAAGUUUUCUCAAAUGUACAAUUUAAAUAUCCAAAUAGGGUAUUAUCAUACAACCCCGAUUCCAAAAGAAGUGGUAAAUAAACAGAAUGCUGUAAUUUGCUAAUUCUUUGUGACAUAUAUUCAACUGUACAAAGACUAAGUGUUAAAACGGAUAAUCUUUUGUUUUUUGUAAAUAUACACUGAAUUCUGAAUUUCAGGCAUUCUGUUAUUAUUUAUAUUUUCCACGGCGCCCCAACCGUCUUGGAAUUGGGGUUAUUAAAUAGGUGCUAAUUUGCACAUUUUACUUUCCUUUAUGGAAGUGGAGUAGAGGAUGUUUAGGACAGUUACUCUUGUUAUGAACAAGCCCAGACAUUACUGACACCAAGGAUCUAAUGAGAACUAUUUGCUGGAGUAGGAUAGAGAAUGUCUUAUUUAGAGCAGGAGGGUCCAACUGAUAAAUGAAAAGGUGCUGCAGGUUUUUGUUUCAAUCAUGCAGGAACACACCUGACCCAACUCAUUCAGCUGCUGAUUUGUUGUGAAGUCACUUCAUGUGAUUAUAUGAGUGGAGUCAGGUGUGCUCAUGCUUAAUUAGAACAAAAACCUGCAGCCACACUGGCCCUUUCAUGGAUCAGUAGGACCCUGCUGGUUUAGAGUACGUGGCUGCUUCCUGCUUGCAGUGUUUUCCUACGUAAACCACAAUGGACCAAACUGAAUGUGAACAUGUUCAGUGCACAAACACACGCACAACUUCAAGUUUUAUACUUAAAGGCAUGAUGUUUCUAAUGUUAGUACAGUCUGUACAUCACAGCUGAGAGACAAAAGUGUCCUCUUGUUUUUAUUUUCAGCAGUAACAAAGCAAGCAGAGUUGACAGGAGAAGCACAACAAAUCUUUUUUAAAAAGAUGCUCAUUUAUUUUCAGAUCCAUCAGUUCAUUUAAAUUUUUCUUGUGUGCGAGAUUUUUAGUUUUUGUAGCUUACUUUUGUAGGUAUUCUAUCUCGGGGCAUCAUUUUUUGGGAUAUCUGGUACAGACAUAGGAUACAGAAAAAAAUGCCUCACGCGGGGCACCAUUUGUAGGGAUAUCUGGUACAGAUAUAGGAUACAAAUACAUUAUGCCUCACACGGGGCACCAUUUUUUGGGGAAUUUAGGAUGUCCCAAAAUAUAUGGAUAUGUAGAUACCUCAAAUGAGGCAUUUUUUAUGCUAUAUAUAUGUACCAGAUAUCACAACAAAUAGUGCCUCAUUUAGAGGUAUCCAUACACAUAUUUUGGGACAUCCUAAAUUCACUAUACUUUACUGAUUUAUACUGAAAGUAUGCUUGUUGCCAACUUUUUUGUUUCAAAAUAGAUGCAAAUUGUGUAUUUAGCUGUCAUUUAGCUGAUGAGUCCAAAGUCUGACACCCUGUCUACAGUGGAAUAGUGAAAAAAAAAUAUUUUUAACAUUCUUCUGACAGAACAGAUUUUAUUUAGGUUAAAAUAAAGAAAAAAAUGCAUUUUUUUAUUUGAUCUUUAACCCUUUUAAUAAUAGAAACCUUAUAAACUACCAUCAUUUUAUAUGUUAUACUUACUUACUUACUUUGGCUUUUAUUUUGCAAUGAGUAGCAGAAACAUUACCAUCUUCACCCCAGCAACUUCAAGUCAGCUUACUUUGUUUUUGCUUUUUCUGCUGAAAACUCUAAAAUGGCAUCAAACAACUUCAGCUGUUGCACUCUGCAGCACCACUCUUGAUUAGCUUUAUCAUGUUUGCUACUGUCAAGACUUUAACGUUUGCAACAUUUCAAAAUAAAUCCUCAAAGAUGACGUGACUUAUUUAUUUAGUCAUAUUUCUUUUCCAAGCUGUAUAAAAAUAUUAUUUAAAACUUGAUGCAUUCUUUUAUUCUUUAGUGUCAAAUGAAGCGUUAACAUUUCUUUGUAUUUCUCUAGUUUUUAUAACUUUUAUAGAACACUGAAGUCUUGACAUAUAAUUUAUUUUUCUUGUAGGUUUAGGCCGCUCAUCAAUUACUGUAAAUAUAUAUAUUUUUAAAAGAUUAGUAACGGUUCCCUCGUCUGAAAAAUACUGAUAAUUCAACUUGAUCGAUACAACCC